AUGAUGAUGAAGUUGAUGUUUGUGGCAAUGGUGGUUGGGCUGAAGAUGGCGAUGGUGCCCGCACAGUUUUCUGGAAAUGGCUUUGGAGGUAGUGGCGGUCCUGGAGCUGGUGGUAACAUGGGGUCAAAAAGCGGUCCUGGAGGUGGUGGUAACAUGGGGUCAAAUAGCGGUCCUGGAGCUGGUGGUAACAUGGGGUCAAAUAGCGGUCCUGGAGCUGGGGGUAACAUGGGGUCAAAUAGUGGUCCUGGAGCUGGUGGUAACAUGGGGUCAAAUAGCGGUCCUGGAGCCGUUUGCAGUGGUAACAUGGGGUCAAAUAGCGGUCCUGGAGCUGGUGGCAUUGGUAACAUGGGGUCACCUAGCGGUUCUGGAGUACCCGCGUCUCCAGCUUCUGGAUCUGGAAGUGAGGUUGGAAGCGGCUUAUGGAACAAUAACAAAAGAUCGGAGGAAUCCUCUGGCAGUUCCGAGUCAGCGGACGACAGUGGUAGCUAUGAUCAGAAUUUUGAGGUAAUUGAAUUUUUUGCCGAAGAAUAUUCUCAGAGUUUGAACUAUACUACUGAGGACAUUGACCUCAACAACAUGUUUGAAAAAUAUAAGAAUGCGAUAAACUACAGUGACAAAACAGGCGGCUCUGAAAUUGACUUUGACCUUAUAGCAGGAUUCUUGAACAAAGUAAUCAAGGAUUUGAACAUUUCCACUGAGACUUUAACUUCUCAGGAGGUUAAGGAUAUGUACAAUCAAUUGAUGCAGGAUGACUCCAGGGCUAGUGGAGAUAAGAAAUGA